UCGUGUUUUUAUUCAUUUUUAUUAUUACUUGUCAUUAUACUCCAAGGGUUAUUAUGCAGUGAUAUAUUUUAGUUAGGUUGGGAAGGGAUAGGCAGCAGCAGUCAAAUAGUAUGAAGAACUGCGUAUCGAAGUUAACUUUAGCCAAACACGCGACGGUAGCCAGCGCUGCCACGGCGGAGAAUGGACGUCUGAUUUAGUGAAGGGAGUUUAAAUUAAGGAAUUUUCACGUAAUACUAUUACUAAUAGUUUUUAGUCAGAUGUCUCAGUCGCGAUUCCCAGCCGGAAAUGAGAUUUGCAAGCUUUUGCGUCCUGUUGGCCCAGCUGGCAGCAUCUCCAGUCUACUCUGUCCGCGUGUUCGUGAGCUUCGGCCAUUCCCUCACUCUUCCCUGCCAUGGAGCCCCCAGCAGGGAUGUAGAGUGGUUGUUUCAGCAGGAUGAGCUUCCUGACUGGCUGCAUGUGGCCGAACUCCACACCCAAGGCUUUUCAUCUGGAAACGGCUUCCAGGGACGGGUGGAAUCCUUCUACCUAACAGAGCCGGGAAACUACAGCCUCACCCUCAGUCCUGUGGUGUACAGUGACCUCGGCAUUUACAAAUGCCAGUACUACAAUGAUGAGAUCAUUCUCUCAGAUGUGAAACUACAAAUUAGAGUCCCAUCAUAUAUUUCCAUAGCGAUGGGAAUGUCCACCAGUCUUCCCUGCUUUGGGAACAUAAAUACACAAGUGCGUGCUGGUGAUCAGGAUAUCCUCUGGAAGAGAGGUGGAGAGAAAGUUUACCAGCUCCUUAAGAACACCGUCACAUAUGGGCCCGGGUUUGAGAACAGAGCUUCAGUUUCCCCAGAACAAGCCCUCUACGGAAACAUGUCUUUAACCAUCAGACAGACACGGUUUUCAGAUGAAGGCGACUACCAGUGCUUCUACAACAGUCAGAAAGAGAGGGGGAAUCCAGAUUCUGCCAGUCUCGUUGUGACAGACCACCCACCCCAGACCCUCACUGUGAAGGCCGGUGGUUUGCUCUCCAUAACGCUCUAUACCGCAGACCCAGUGAGGGUAACAUUCAGUGCAGGCCUUGGUUCAGAUGAGGUGCUGAUGCUCGAUGCAAAUAAAGGCCCAGCCAGGUAUGGGGAGCGUUGUGCUCAGAGAUGUGAGCUUCUGGCCCAGAACUGCACCCUUUUGCUGAGGAGUAUGACACUGGAGGAUGCCGGAGUCUACAAGGUGACCGAUCCUGAGACCAACAGGACCAUCAGCUCUGUCUCUCUGGAAGUCUCAGCCCAGCUGGCAGCAUCUCCAGUCUACUCUGUCCGCAUGUUUGUGAGCUUCGGCCAUUCCCUCACUCUUCCCUGCCAUGGAGCCCCCAGCAGGAAUGUGGAUUGGUUGUUUCAGCAGGAUGAGCUUCCUGACUGGCUGCAUGUGGCCGAACUCCACACCCGAGGCAUUUCUUCUGGAAAUGGCUUCCAGGGACGGGUGGAAUCCUUCCACCUAACAGAGCCGGGAAACUACAGCCUCAACCUCAGUCCUGUGGUGUACAGUGACCUCGGCAUUUACAAAUGCCAGUACUACAAUGAUGAGAUCAUUCUCUCAGAUGUGAAACUAGAAAUUAGAGUCCCAUCAAAUGUUUCCAUAGCGAUGGGAAUGUCCGCCAGUCUCCCCUGCUUUGGGAACAUUAAUACACGAGCACGUGCUGGUGAUCUGGAUAUCCUCUGGAAGAGAGGUGGAGAGAAAGUUUACCAGCUCCUUAAGAACACCGUCACAUAUGGGCCCGGGUUCGAGAACAGAGCUUCAGUUUCCCGAGAACAAGCCCGCUAUGGAAACAUGUCUUUAACCAUCAGACAGACACGGUUUUCAGAUGAAGACGACUACCAGUGCUUCUACAACAGUCAGAAAGAGAGGGGGAACCCAGAUUCUGCCAGUCUCAUUGUGACAGGCCACCCACCCCAGAACCUCACAGUGAAAGCCAGUGGUUUGCUCUCCAUACUGCUCUAUACCGCAGACCCAGUGAGGGUAACAUUCAGUGCAGGCCUUGGUUCAGAUGAGGUGCUGAUGCUCGUUGCAAAUAAAGGCCCAGCCAGGUAUGGGGAGCGUUGUGCUCAGAGAUGUGAGCUUCUGGCCCAGAACUACACCCUUUUGCUGUGGAGUGUGACACUGGAGGAUGCUGGAGUCUACAAGGUGACCAAUCCUGAGACCAACAGGACCAUCAGCUCAGUCUCUCUGCAAGUCUCAGGUACGGUCCUCCUCUUCAGCUCUUUGUGUUUGUGCAGAUGCAGGGCUCAGCAUCUUAUUGGUCCACUCUGUUAUUCCUCUGAGUUAUGGCUGCUGCAAUCCAUUGGGAAAAUAAUGGAAAUAAUAAUAAUAAUAUUAAUAUAAAAUAAAAAAGAUUUU